AUGAGAACUUGUAGGAUUACUGGUAGCGCUGGAAGUAAAGACGGAAGAGUAGGAAAACUAAAGUCAAACAUCUUAGGGCUCCAGUAUGGUGUUUAUUAUGAUUCACUACCAAAGGACUUAGAUCGUAUUAUACCUUGGUUAGGUGAAGGGAACUGCUCGCAAUUAGGAUGGGAAUUCAACUUCAAAGGCGCAGGUGGUUGUCUCGUACAUACGGACACCGGCCAGGCCAUACCCAUAAGAAGUCAUCCACGCUUGCAGCUUCCCAUACUUGCAUGCAACUUAUUUAAAGAAGAGACUGAUAGUGGUUAUAUUUGUUCAACAGUAGAAGAAGGAGUCAGUAGUUGUUACCUUACAAGACUCGAACUUCAUAGAAGAUGUGGGCACUUUCAUAUAGAUGGCCUCCAGGUAAAUUGCCCUGAGUGUGAUCUACAUAAAGGCCAACGCGCACCACAUGCAAAAGCUAGAGAUACUUCGAACUACAAACCUGAACCAUUGAAGUUACUAGCAAUCGACUUUGCUGUUGGAAUCAAACCCGUAUCAGUCAGGUCAAAGAGAUGUGUAUUAGUGAUCAUCUGUGAUGUAAUUAAGAAGGUGUUCUGUCGACCGCUUAAGCUGAAAAGUGACUGUGUGGAGGAAAUAGAAGAAGUUAUCAAAGGCAUUCGCCAGGACUACUCCUUAUCACUUGAUGACAAGGUAGUGUGGUUCCUCCGGAGGGAUGGAGAACCUGUCCUGAGCAGUGAUGACAUGACCAAAGUUAUGCAAUCGCUGCGAGUCUCAGACAGUCCGGCUGUUCCUUAUAAUCCGGAGAUGAAUGGGACCUGCGAACGUUUUAUGCGGACUUUGUUCGGCAGUGUACGCACAAUGCUGACUAAAGUUGAUAAACGCCUCUGGUGUUACUGCGUCGAGUACGCUGGUGACUGCUGGGAUCGUUUACCGCAUAACUAUGCAAAAAUGCCUCAACAUGAUGGAAAGAGUCCAAUUGAAAUCUUAGAAGAAAGGACUGGUAGAAACUCAUCGAAGAGUUCAAUCGGCAUGCUCCGCCGAUUUGGUUGUCUAGUUUACUUUCGUGAACAAAUUCAAGCCAACACUCCUGAACCCAAGCUCUCGGCCAAGUACCGCCGUGGCGUCUUCCUUGGACUCUGUCCGAAGUCGUCUGGUUGGUUGGUUGGAACUUUCGCUCAUGACGAUCGUUGCAAGCUUGGACAUCGAUGGGCGGAAUACUCUACCCUAGAUGUAAAGUUCAGAGAGGACUAUCUAAUUAAAAAUAUCGAUUGGCUUUUGCCAGAUCAGAAGGGCAUCUACAUUGAGUAUGACGAACUGGAAAAUCUGCAGAGUGGCGCGUCGUCGCUG